AUGUUUUCCUAUGGACGUUGUCAGGGAUAUCAUAUUCGUUGCUUUCGUUGUUUACCCAAAUUAAUUCGAAGACGAAAAAUUCAUCAAAUUGUUGAAUUUUUAUGUUUAUUAAUUGGAAUAAGUUUUAUAAUUAAUAUACUUCCUAUUACUGACCUUUUUCAAUCUUCAACAUCAUCUAAAUCACAACAAUCUAUAAUUAGUUCAAUAUCGGAAGACUAUGAAAAUGAUACUCUAAGUACUAUUGAGCGAUCUACAAGGGCACUUGAAAAACUAAAAAAAUUGUUAGCUAGUGUUAUGUCUUCUAAUGAUCAACCAUGGAUUUGGAUACCUACAGAACAAUAUCCAUCUGUACCUUAUCAACCUACUUCACUUUUAAAUCAAUCUAUUCCGAAAUCUUUGUAUAAAGUCACAAAUUUACCUGAAGCUGUUAAAAAUGAAAUCAAUCGUGUUUGUAAACGAUUAAUUCAAGCUAAUCUAACCGGUGGAAAUAUUUGGUGUAAAUUAUUUAACAAUUCUUAUGCAGAUACACUUGUAACAACAACAACAAUACUUGAUGAUAAUACAACAUAUAUAAUAACUGGUGAUAUUGAUCUUAUGUGGUUACGUGACAGUAGUGCUCAAGUUCAUCAAUAUUUAACAUUAUGGAAGGAUUCAAAUAUUCAACGUAUUGUUGAAGGUCUUAUUCGUCGUCAAAUUCAAUUUAUUUUUUCUGAUCCAUAUGGAAGUUCAUUUCGUUUAACUCUUCGUCCAAAUCCUCCAUCCGAUGAUUCUCUUGAACCAAUACAUACUCAAAAAGGUCGUAAUCUUCGUGUUGCUAUGCAUAACUAUGAAUUAGAUAGUUUAUGUUAUCAUAUACGUUUAAGUUAUUCUUGGUGGAAACAAAGUCAACGAACUAAUGUAUUUAAUCAACAAUGGUUAACUGCUAUUUCAAUUAUAAUUCAGAUAAUGAUUAUCGAACAACAUCAUUCACAAAUUUCACCUUAUCGUUAUACAGAAUUAGUUAAUGUACAUCAAGGUUCACCUGUUGCUUAUACAGGAAUGACUUGGAGUGCUUUUCGACCAAGUGAUGAUCCAACAAACUAUGGAUAUCUUAUACCAAGUAAUAUGAUGGCUUGUGUUGUGUUAGAACAAUUAACUGAAAUGAUUACAAAAAUAUUUCCUAAACAAAUUCAACUUUUAAAACAAAUUUUUCAAUUACGUGAAGAUAUUCUUUCUGGUAUAAACAAAUAUGGAGUAGUCAAUCAUGAACAAUAUGGAAGAAUAUAUGCAUUUGAAACUGAUGGUUUUUCUCAACAUUUACUUAUUGAUGAUGCUAAUGUACCAUCUCUACUAUCAGCAUCUUAUCUUGGUUUUAAAACACCUUAUGAUCCAUCAGAUCAAUUAAUUCAAUCAACACGUCGAUUUAUUUUAUCAACAAAUAAUACUUUUUUUUUUCAAGGAAAAUAUGCAUGGGGUAUAGGAAGUCAACAUACACAAAAAAAUUCUGUUUGGCCAAUGGCUAUUAUUAUGGAAGGAUUAACUAUUAGUAUUGAUAAUAAUACAAUUAAAGAUAUAGAUUCUGUAUGGCAAAGAUUAGAGAUAAGUCAUGCUGAUACAUUUUCUAUGCAUGAAAGUUUUAAUGUUGAUAAUCCAAAACAAUUUACUCGUCAAUGGUUUGCUUGGGUUAAUUCUCUUUUUGCCGAAUUAAUCUUAACUCAUUUAGAACAAUUGGAAGAUUGGUUACAACAUCGUCGAUGA